CAAACCUUAGCAAUAUCAUUUGCGUGGCUGCCUCCCUCUCUCUGGUUUUGGUUCAGGUGGCAGCCAUGGCAACUGUUACACGUGUCGACAAGAGAACCUAUUCAACCAUUAAUCCCACCUCCAUUUUCACCUCCUGCAGGUUCCAUGAUUCAGUGGUUUUGGUCAGCUAUUUGGUGCUUCUGCUUUCUUCAACCAUCACUCCAUCUUUUGGGGUUUCUGGUGUUGGAGAAGAAAGCGGUUCGUAUCCGGAAAUUCUGAGGGAUGAGGCUGUGGCUAGACUUCAUCAGCUUGGACGGGUGAGUGAUGGUGAUGGAUAUCUUGAGAGGACAUUCAUGAGCCCGGCUGCUCUGAGGGCAGGAAAUCUUAUCCGGGAAUGGAUGGAAGACGCGGGUUUGAGAACAUGGGUUGAUUGCUUGGGGAAUGUACACGGUCGAGUUGAGGGAAGGAAUGCUAGUGCUGAAGCUCUGUUAAUGGGUUCUCAUUUGGAUACCGUUGUUGAUGGUGGGAAAUUUGAUGGAGCAUUAGGCAUCGUUUCUGUGUUAUCUGCAUUGAAGGUUUUGAAGGUCAAUGGAAAGUUGGGAGAACUAAGCAGGCCAGUUGAGGUAAUAGCAUUUAGUGAUGAAGAGGGAGUAAGGUAUCAGUCUACAUUCUUAGGCAGUGCUGCUGUAGCAGGAAUUUUGCCAGUUUCAGCACUCAGAAUAUCCGAUAAAAGUGAUGUAACAAUUGAAGAUGCUCUUAAGAAGAACUCCAUAGAAAUUACAGAGGAGCACUUGUUGCAGCUUAAAUAUGACCCAAAUUCUGUCUGGGGUUACGUUGAGAUUCAUAUUGAACAAGGACCUGUACUAGAAUGGGUUGGCUUUCCUCUAGCAGUGGUUAAAGGCAUAGCUGGACAGACACGAAUAAAGGUUACGAUGAGAGGUUCCCAGGGGCAUGCUGGAACAGUUCCAAUGUCUAUGCGUCAUGAUCCUAUGGCUGCUGCUGCUGAAGCGAUUUAUUCAUUAGAAAGCUUAUGUAAAAGCCCUCAAGAUUUUUUGUCCUUUGAUGGUCAUUGCAAAAGUUUCUCGAUGGAAUCACUUUCAGCUUCACUUGUUUGUACUGUUGGAGAGAUAUCAACUUGGCCGAGUGCAAGCAACGUCAUUCCUGGCCAGGUAACAUUCACCGUAGAUUUACGUACGAUAGAUGACAUGGGACGUGAAGCUGUUGUGUAUGAGUUUUCUAACCAAGUGUAUAAAAUUUGUGAUAGACGCUCUGUUUCUUGUACAAUUGAUCGUAAGCAUGAUGCAGGUGCAGUCAUUUGUGAUUCUGAGUUGAGUUCAAAGCUGAAAUCUGCAGCAUAUAUCGGGCUCAAGAGAAUGACAGGUGCAGCCAUUGAGGAUGAAAUUCCCGUGUUAAUGAGCGGAGCAGGACACGAUGCAAUGGCUCUAUCUCAUUUAACCAAGGUGGGAAUGCUUUUCGUGCGCUGUCGAGGAGGCGUAAGUCACUCCCCUGAAGAGCAUGUAUUGGACGACGAUGUUUGGGCAUCUGGUUUGGCAAUUUUGGCAUUCAUAGAGACUCAACUGUAAACUGCAGGAUCUAUUGACAUGGAUUAUUGCAGAACAUCUAAAUAAUCUUAGUACGUAUAAGAAAUUUGUCAAUUGUACAGUUUCAGGUGGCUGUUUUGUGUAUAGUUUUUGCUCGCUCUUAUGAGGUAUCAUGUUCUCUGCAAUGUGAAUAAUAGUCUUUUUUUCGUUUCGUGUA